AUGACAUCAAGCAAAUAUAUAACCAAGGUGCACGAACCCUGGACAGAAAUCGUUACAAAAAAACGAGCGAUUCGAGACGCGCAAAUUGACAAACACUGGAAAGCACACACAAACUCUACAUUUGAUCGAAUCUCCUCCGAAACGGUCGAUGUUGAGGUUUUGACAAGCCUCCUAAGAGAUGGAAAAGUCUCAGCUGUUAAAGUGAUCCAUGCUUACAUCAGAAGGGAAGUCGAGAUCACAACCAAUUGCCUGACAGAAAUAUGCUUUGAUGAUGCUCUUGAGCAAGCUAGAAGGCUUGAUGGGUUUCAACAAGAGCACGGCCAGCUAUUAGGUCCACUCCACGGUGUUCCAGUCACAGUAAAAGAUCAGUUUAACAUCACGGGUUUGGACUCGACAUUGGGCUACAUCGGAAAGGCAUUUGCACCAGCGGAGAACGAUGCACUACUCAUACAAACGUUAAAGAAACUUGGGGCUGUCAUAAUCGCAAAAACGAAUCUUCCCCAGAGUAUCAUGUGGUGUGAGACUGACAACCCUCUCUGGGGGCUCACGACUCAUCCAGAUGAUCCAAAACUCACCCCCGGAGGAUCUUCUGGUGGAGAAGCAGCUAUGUUAGCAACGGGAGGCUCUAUGAUCGGUUGGGGAACAGAUAUCGGCGGCUCUAUCCGGAUACCGUGUCACAUGCAUGGUCUUUGGGGUUUGAAGCCGAGUAGUGGUCGCUUAUCCUAUCACGGCGUUGAGGUAACACUCGAGGGACAACAGCACAUUCCAUCAGCUAUCGGGCCGAUGGCGAGGACUUUGACCUCUCUUAAGCUCGUGACCAAGCUCGCGAUUGAGGCUGAACCGUGGAAGAUGGACCCCCAGCUACCGCCACUUCCCUGGAGGGAGGAUCUUUUCCAAAACUUUGUGACAAAACGACUUGUCAUUGGAUCAAUGCUAGAUGAUGGCAUGGUAAAGGUUCAUCCACCUGUCGAGCGGGUAUUCAGAAACGUGGUGGCAAAGCUGGAAGCUGCUGGCCACGAGGUGAUAGAGUGGGAUUCGAGCUUGAAUUCUAGCAUCAUAGAUAUCAUGGAUGGUUACUAUGCUGCCGACGGAGGUGAAGAUAUCCGAAGAGCUGUGGCAGCAGGCGGUGAACCAUUCAUUCCUCAAAUCGAAGCCUUCGUCAACCGCGGUAAACCAAUCUCCGCCUUUGAAUACUGGCAACUCAACAAGCGAAAGGUCGCUACUCAACAGGCUUAUCACGACAUGUGGGACAGCAAGCGAUCAACCUCUGGGCGCUCAGUCGACGUACUACUGGUUCCUACUAUGCCUCACACAGCGGUCCCCCACGGCUCAUGUCGCUGGACUGGUUACACCAAGAUCUUCAACUUUCUAGAUUAUACUGCCUUGGUCUUCCCAGCCGGAAAUGCGUCUAAGGAUGGGGAUGAUAGGUAUUUCUGGGAUCAUAUUCCUCGAAAUGAGACGGAUGCUUGGAAUCAACAAUUAUAUGAUCCUAUGGCUAUGGAUGGACGUUGCGUUGGGUUGCAGAUUAUCGGGCGGAGGUUUGAAGAAGAAAAGGUCUUGGGCGCAGCUCAGCAGAUUCACAAAUUGUUAUAGAAGGAUAGAUACUAUUUCCAUACCUUGACUAUCUUGGAGCGUGCUCCGCUACCA